AUGGCCGACGAUGAUGAUGUACCUUUAUUAGAUGAUGAUGAUGAUGAACAAUUAAUAACAUCAGAUGGUCGAGAGCCAAAUGUUGAAGCUGUUUUUGUUGUUACCUUUGAUGUUAAAUCUGGUAAUAUAAUUGAAUUUCAAAUGCCGGAAAAAGAACAAAUGGAAUUAAAAGGUGUAGAAUAUAAAGUAUUACCAAGUGGAUCACAUCGUAUCAAUCAAGAUUUUGUGUAUUUUCGUCAUGGAAAUAAAUAUGGAUUAGCUUGUAUAGCUCGAGCUGAUAUAACGAAUGAUGAUGAUGGAUCAGCUUUAUCAGUAGUUGAUCAAUCACAACGUGGUAUGUGUAUUAAAUCUGUGGGUAUCAUAACUUCAUCUAUUACACAUAUUCAGUCAUAUAUUCCAUUUCUACAAACUGAAGCCAAGCUUUAUCUUAAUCAAACAUCAGUCAAUUAUGAUCGUUUAAAAGGACUUCUUUUCCGAGAUGUUCAAUCUAUUCCAAUUUCACUUUCUAUUUAUGAUACUUUAUUUACUGAAUUUAUUCAACAUUUUGGUCCAUCGAUAUUUCCACUUUCAAGAUUAAUAUUACUUGGUAAACGUAUUUUACUGUAUUCAUGUUCGCCUAUUGGACCUACUUGUAAUGCAGUUUAUUUCCUUCAUAUUCUUAAUCAAUCGGUAAAUCCACUCUUUUUUAUUACUAUUACGGAUUUAUUAGUAUUAAUCAAUGAACCAUCUUAUAUUGGUUGUACAACUGAAAAAAUUUUUCAAGAAAAAACAAAUAUCUAUGAUGUAUUUGUUAAUUGUGAUGAUCAAAUAGUCUUUCAUACGAAUGAUUCAAUUUUACAGUCAAUUAUUAAAAUAACACGUAACGAUCGUAAUCGCUUGAAGAAAACGAUGACUUUGAAUUCUUUUAUAAAUAUUGGCAAUCGUUUAUCUCGAUUAUUGGAUCGAUUAUCUAAAUCGAAUACUAAUCAACAAAUGAGCAAAGAUGAUUUUCAUUCUAUCAAUCUUCAUCAACGUUAUGAUCGUUUAUUUAUUAAUGAAUAUAUUCGUAUACAUCAUAUUCCAAAUGUGACUAUAAGCAAUCCAGAGUCAAUACUUUUUCCUAUAUCACCUUGUUGUCAUUGUCCACGUUCCAACUGA